AUGCAGUAUCUAAUCUCCUUAUAAAAAAACCUACAAAUUGAGAAUGAUUUUUUAAGUGCAGCUUUAAAUUUUCGAGAUCAGAAUGUUGAAAAGAACUAUUAAAACUUUUAAAACAAGUUUAAUAAAGGAACAGUGAUCUUAAUGGAAUCCUUCAAACUCUUCUUUGAAUUUGCCAUAACAAUAUCUGCGAUCAUUUCGGAUUAUGAAUCCAUUUACUCAUAAAUUUUGUUCCUAUUUCCAAUGUCAAGUCUAUUAUAAAUUUGGAAAAUUCGAAAGAACCAAAAAUGCAAUGAUUACUGGAAAAUGGGACAUAUGAUAACUCUAUCUCUAUUUUUAGCAGCCUACAAACAAACUUAUUUAAUGAGAGGAUCUGUAUCCUUAUAUUGUGUCUAUAUGACUUAAAGUUUAAAUGACAAGAAAUAUUUUAUUUAUUACUUUACAAUUAUGUAAGUUACAUUCUAAUGUUUUGAUUAAUUUUUUGAUUGGAUUGUUUUACCAUUUCAAUGGGUAUUUACUUUAAUAGUCACUAUUUGUAUUUACACUAGAUAAAGAAGAGAACUAGUAUAUUUUUUUAAGAAAUUCAAAUGUAGUCAUGAUUUAUCAUACUAAGAAGCUGUAUUGAAUCAUAGUUUAUAGUAGAAUCUAUUUGUUAUUAGAUUGUCACCAGAUUAAUCAAAAGUAAAUCUAUAUUUUUUAAUUCAUUUUAGAGAUCAGUAGAUUAUUUUGAAAUACUUUUUGCCAAUUAAGCAUGCAAAAAGGAAUUUGCAUAAAUUGACAAUAUUUUCCAAAGAACAACAUUAAUUAACAUCAUAAAUUGCAAUGAAUCUAAUCUUUCCUACUAUAAUUUGAAGGUCAAUUUCAGUUAUGAAUAAAUUUGUAAUAAUUAUAAAGGAUCUACUGGUGAAUAGAUUAACAUGGUAGACAAACCCAUAUCUUUAAAUCAAAUACUCUAUUAAUAUAUAGUAAAUUAUCAGAAUAAAGAGAUGUAAGAGAGUCUACCUUUAAAAUUAACUGGAUUACAAAACAAUCAAACUUUUGAUAUUUUGGUAUCACCUUGUAUAUGGAAACAUGAUAGAUGUUUUAUUAUUUCUUUAAUUGAUCUAACUGAUCGAAUUAAGAUUUCUUAAUUAGAAAAGUUAGAUUAAUAUAAAGAUAGUGUAUUAGCUACUGUUAGUCAUGAUCUCAAAAAUCCUAUCAGUGUUAUUCAAUCUAUGAUUACUUUAGUUUAAGAAGGUUUAUAUGAAUUAUAAGAUUGUGAUAAUGCAGGAAUUUAACAAUAAGUUUAAUCUUGUUGUAAUUAUUUGUAAAUGUGUUAAACCAAUGUUCAAACUUUAUAAUCAUUUGUUAAUGAUUUAUAAGAUUUUGCAUAAAUUAAAUAGUAAAAGUUAAAAUUGGCUGUCAGUUAAUUUGAAAUUUCUAAUCUUAUUUAAGAGAUCAAGAAUGUUUUUUAAAUUUAAAUUUAAAAGAAAAAUCUUGAAUUAGAAAUUUAAGUUAAUUUAAAACCAAAUUAAUCUUAUUACAAUGAUCCAUUAAGAAUAAAAUAAGUAUUAUUCAAUUUAAUUUCAAAUGCAAUUAAGUUUACAUCUAAAGGAAAAAUAAUUGUUAAAUUUUCUGAUGAUUUUAAAGAAGUUUAUAAAUUUUGUUAAGCAAUUAAAGAAUAAAUUGAUUCUAAUAAAAGUAUUGUGGAUGUUGGAAUAUUGUUUAAAAAUAAAUCCAAAAUUUUUAUAUGCACAGUUACAGAUAAUGGAAGUGGAAUGAGUCUAGAAAUUCAACGUGGUCUAUUUAGAAAUUUUGCUACCUAUGAUAAUGAUACUAACAUAAAUAAGUAGAGUAUUGAGUGUAAUUAAAUAGAAAUGGAGUCGGGUUAGGUCUAAUCAUUUGUAAGUAGCUUUGUGGCUACAUUGGUCCAAUAUAGUACAUAUUUUUAAGAUCCCAAACGGGAGUUGGUUCAACUUUUUAAUUUGCCAUUUAUAAAAAUUAUGAUAAACAAAAUCGUUAUGAUUAUUCAGGUGAUUAAUCAAGUAUUGAUUCUAUCGAUUAUGAUAUUUCAGUACACUCCCCUUAUAAAAAUAUAUUCAGUACAUGUCACAUAACUCCUCUAUAUAAAAAACAAAAAAAGAGAGAAUUAUUGCAAGUUUUGAUUGUUGAUGAUGAAACUUUCAAUUGCAUAUUGCUCAAAUUGUAAUUAACUAAAUUUGGCAUUCUCAAUAUGGAUGUGGCUUAUAGUGGAAGAGAUGCCAUUGAAAUGUCAUAAAAAAAAAUAUAUGACAUAGUAUUUUUGGAUGUCAAUAUGCCUGGUAUGAAUGGAUUCCAGUGCAUCUAAGACAUAAAAAAUACAAAUGGCUAAAUUAAGAUUUACAUGCUUACGGCAUUUAAUGAUCUCUAAACUCAUUAAAUGUGUUUAGAUGCCGGAGCUGAUAAACUUUUAUCCAAACCACUUUCUUAAAAAUAGCUUGAACUAUUGUUGAAUUGA